UUAACUCAGUGUGUGUUAGGCUGUGGAGCUGUGUAGGUGGUGUGUGGUUCUCUGGUAGCCGGUACGCGUUAAAUAAUUAAAAUUCGGAUUGAAUAGUGAUGUGCAAGUGAUACGUUUCUCUUCUCUCGAUAGUCAAAGUCGCACCAGAGCAUCCGUAGCUCAGUGAUAUACCACUUUUCAUCCGAACCGAAGCAGCCGGCCUUCCAGAUGGAGUGUGGAGUGUCCGCGGCGUACUCGGCGGCCAACGGCAGCUCACCGAACGGCAUCAUGGCAGACGUGCGCGGUGAGCGCAGCCCGGCCAAGUCGGGCCUGCACGUGCACUUCCCCGAGAAGGGCGAGGUCAAGGAGCGCCGCGAGAAGUUCCUCACCGCCAAGUACGGCACGCACCAGAUGAGCCUCAUCCGCAAGCGCCUCGCCGUCGAGAUGUGGCUGUACGACGAGCUGCAGAAGCUCUACGAGCCAGCGGAGAACUCGAAGACGCGCGAAGUGGAAGUGGAUAUCGACGAGCUUCUAGACAUGGACAGCGACGAUCAGAGGCGGCGACAUCUGCAGGAGCUCCUCGCUGAUGCAAAGAAGUCACCUCAUGAUGUGAAAAAGUUUGUAGAAGAUCUGCUGGAAAGGGCCAAGACGCUUUGAAACCAGCAGUAAACUGAGGCCAGACAAGCCCAUCUUGCAGGAGAUUGAAACACCAAGGAAUAUUGGCUGCCAGGCACACAUAACAGCCUUUCACAUGUUCGUGCUCCCUGUAUUCCACUUUCCUCCUGCAAGCAUUUGUAUGUGUGAGUGUGUGACGUGUGCAUGUGUGUAUGUGCACUUCUGUGCUUCACUUUUAUUUAUGCCAGUUAAAAGAAUUGUUUUGUAAAAUAUCAGUUGAUUUUACUAGUAGGCCAGCUCACAUGUAUUAAAUGAUACUUGUGGAUAGAUUAUUGCUUGAAGACUGCAGUGAUUUAGUAAACUGGUGCUCGUAAUUAAAUAUAGCUGGAAUAAUGUUUCCGAUUUGGCGAUGUGCAUCUUUUAUCAUAUUUGAAUUGAAUGUUUCCAUUGUUCGCAUCUGGUUUACUGUGCUUGUUUUUUCCUGUACAAUAAAUACACAACAAGAGACUUCAGAGUCAGUCAUUUAAACAGGAGUCGUGAAAUUUUUAUUCAUCUCGAAUUUUGAUUACUUAUAUAGUAAGAGCUGAGCAAAAAUUUUGUGUCAUAUUUCAUCAUUUACAGCAACACUUAAAAAAAAAUUCACAGGUACUUAAAUUAUUAUUGUUGUCAUUGAUGAUGUUUAGUAUACACUGUGAGAAACUCUAAAUUUCUAGAAUAUAAAAAUAUUUUACGUUUGUGCCUUGAGUUUGACUUAUAAGUUAAUAAAUUGAUUUUUAUGGUUAGUGUGUGCAGGACUAAUAUUAAAUAAGGAGUUAAUUAGUUGAGCAUUGAAAGAAAAAAUGAAAUUUUUAUUUACUAUCCUUACAUUUGAUAUAAAAAUUUACAUUCAUUAUUCUGUUCACAGCAAUGUAUGAAGUUUGGUAAAUAAGACAUUCUUAGUAAGUGCAGUCAUAAAAUCAGUGCCACCUCUUUUCUCAUAUCUAUUCAUGUAACUGAAUGUUGCAUCGCUGAUAACUCUUUAAAUGUGUUUCAGGUUAAGUUUAUUACACUGCUAGUGCCCUUGUGUUAUUUUGAAGGUUUGGUUUUGCAUUACAACCUUUAUUUUAAAUCUGAAGAUGUACAUCUACUGCGGAAGACAAAAUUGUCACAACAAAAACAAAUCUUAAGUUUUCUGGCUCACAGAAAGACUGUUUUCUUGUGUGUUUUAUGAACAUUGUACAAUGCAAAGAAGUCCUCAGAUUUUUAGUUUUUUAAAUUGAUUUUUCAUGUGCUACAUCUUAAUUGACUUGUUAGCAAUGCCCCUAUCAUGGUAAAAAUACUAACAUUAAAAAAAAAAAAGUGUAAUAGGUUUAGAGUUACUGAGUUAUUAGCGCAUUUAGAAACCGAACACAAGUCAUGUAACUAAAGUAAAGGUUUUAUAGUAGUGGUAUUGAGACCUCAUUUGACACAGAAUGGUAAAUAUACCUGUAUGUAACAACUUUUUUGCAGUUAAGAACUUGGUGUUAGUAGAACGAGAUUCUCAUUGUAGAAAACACAUAGCUAGUCUCACAAACCACCCAUUCUUACUUAAUUUUGUACCAUUGUUGUGUUAUCAAUUAUCUCAUGUAAUUCAAUUUUAUGCUAAAAUGCUGUACCAUGGUUACUGUUUAUACAAUGUUUUUUAUGAAACAUGUACAGUUUUGGAAAAAAAAGAAAACCAACUUUUGAUAAACAAGCUUGUAAGAAGUGGUUGAAUUUUACUGUUCUAUUACAAGUGCAUACAAACACUUUUAAGCAGGCUUAUAUUAAUUAGCCAAAAGUAUCAACAUCAAAUGUAUGAAGAAGUGUUGUAUUAAUGACCAAAACAACUCUGCAUCAAAAUUAAAAUGAUCUCAUAUGUAGUCCAAAAUGAAUAUUCAAACAGGUGUAAAUUUUUUGUCACAAAUAUGUAUUUUCUGAAGAACACACUGUUCCUUAAUGAAGCAUACUUUUAUUUCACUUUAUUCUUUAAAGCAUUGUAUUUUGAGCAAUGUAAUGGCUACUUAUAAUAUUAAACAUAUUUGACAUCACUGGACAGAAAUCAGUAUAGUAUCAGAAUACUGUAAUGUGUCAUUAAUGAUUCCAGUAAACUGAUUAUAUAUGACUUAAUCUUAUUGCACCUUUUGAAUCAGUACUGAAAAUUCACAAUCAUUUAAACUGAUCCAAGGCAUGUCAGCAGUUAAUGUGCAACUGUAACAUGAGUAACAUCUUGAUUUCACUCUGUUGUAAUCUUCAUAUGAUGGAUUGAUUGCUGUUUUUGUAAAUAAAGUGAUCUCAAAGUACAUUACACACUUUAGUAGCUCAUUGAGUAUCCACUGUGAAACACAUCUUGAAGUUUUUUCAUUAGCUGCCAAUUUAAUGCGGCUUUAGUCAUAUAUUUAUCAUGUUAAUGUUAUUUUGUGUCCCAAAAUUAUGUGAUGGGAACAAUUUGGCUUUAAAAUACACAAGAUAUGGUUAACGUGAUAAUAUUGCUAUACAAUUUACAUAACUCCUUUAUCUCAGUUCAUUGUACCUACAAUCACCGUCACAACUUCAAUUCAUUACAGUGUACAAUCUGAUGUGAAAUGCACAUUGGGAAAAAAAUAUUUAUAAAGCAACUAGGAAACUUACAAGCCGGUGAUAGGUCUUGAAUUCCUAAGCCCACUGACAAACAAGUUCUUUGCGACAUCAUUUUUCUGGUUAUAAGUUAUAGUUUUCUACUGGAAAAAGGUAGAAUUUCACCUUGUCUUCCACAUAAAUAAAUACUGCCAGUAUAUUAUAAUACAUUGCUCACAGAUGGAAGGCAUUAUUUUAAUACUAGUACUAUCAGGCAUUGUUUAAGAGUAGCUCUGGCCGUGACUUGAACAUUAAUAAUUUUGAAAUUCUGUAGCAAGGGGCUGUCAAGAUCAGUAAGAUGAAAGUCAGCAGUUACAUUAGUAAAAGCUCUUACGGCAAAUUUCAAAAAUCUAUAUCAAAAUUAUGUUUAUAAAUAUCUAUGUAUCCUUCAGUGGUUUCAAAACUCAUUUUAUAUUGUUAUAAUAGUUUAUAAAAACAAACUAAGUAAAAAUAUCAGCAGUUUGGAGAUAAAUUAUUUGAAGAUUUUAACUAAAGCUGUAUUCUAAUAAUCUGAAUACAGACUUUCAUUAAAAGAGUAAGUUACUGUUGCUGGUUCAGUCAAAGUCAGAUUUCCUCUUUAUAAAUCAUGAUAAAAUGGCCUAAUUUAAAAAAAAGAAAAAUAAUUGAUUGCACUUACAGCAAUCUGCAUCAUUGGAAGGAUGACAGCAUUGAAACAAUUUCAUUCAACACAGAGUCAUUUUACAUUUUUGUUUGUAUCAAUUUCACAUCCCAAUGAUAUAUAUGUGAUGGUACAGUGCAAAUUUCUAUUCGCGAGACAUAUUUAGUUAUGCAAAAGAAGUGAUGAGCUCUCUAAAUACAAAUUCAUGAUGUUUACCAUCUCUAACUUAAAUUUCAUAAAGCAGUCGUGAGACUAAAGAAAAUUUUUAAAUGAAAACAGUAUGUGGAUUGGCCCAUUGUCAUAGGAAAUGUGAUAGUCUGUGAAUUUUGAGUACUUCGUGUAAUUUUAAGUUGUAGUUGCUGUUCAUUGUUUUUGGGACAGAUUGCUGCUCUCUUAUAGAAUAAAUUCUGUUUACACAUGCUGAACCUGUGUUUUUAAUAUCUUAUGGGACCAUGUAAUCAAGAGCGUACAUAAACAACUUCAAAGCAGGUAUUAUGUGAAACUUCUUGGUUCAUGCAAGAGUCAUCCCAUUUUUUCCUUAUUCGUUGCCUUAUUUGUCUAUAUAUGUGCAGCUGAAGUGCUUGCUACACUCAGGCUGUUGAACAGGCAAGGGGUAUUAUUGUAGUAAACUCUGAUCCAUUAAUACCAUUUUACUUAAUGCUGAGAGCAUUUUCAAAGAAAGUAAAUAUGAUACUGUCCAUAUGCUACUGUUCCAUCCACAGAUCACAGACUGCAUGUUGUUCAGUCUAUGUAGGUUCAUUAAAAAGUGAAGUACUACAGAUAAUGAAUGCCACCAAAUUUAGCUAUUGUAGAUGUCUUUAAGUUGCUGUCAGACUGUGGUUCAAUGUUAGCAAGUUUUUAUAAAUGUUUACCAUGUAAUGUAAUAAGAUUCAGCUGUUUAAAAGUUGAGAAAUGUUCUGAUAAACAUUACAUCAGAAGUAAUGUGUUAUACUCAUAGAUGUAACUUCAUUUGAAGUAGCAACUGUUGUAUAAUUUCAAAUACUGUAAUUAGAUUUCAAGAAAAUAUUUGUCUAUGGAAUAAAGAAACUAAUAGAACUCAGUAUUGGAACCAAUGUCAAUGUGUCAUUUCAUGUUUGAUGUUCAGUAAUGCAUGUCUGACUGAAGUGUUUUAGAUGCUUGUUACUGAAAAUAAUUUUCUGCUCACUUUCAUGUGUCAUAUAGUCACAUGUAGUAAACAGUGUAAACCUAGUUUUUUGUAAGUGACAAUCAUAAGAAAACAUUUGUGUAAGUUACUGUAUGUUUAUGUACAAGAGGAAGGAAUCCUACAUGAUGUUAAGAACACAUCAUAUUUCAAGUACACAUCAUACGUACAGAUUAGAAGCUUAAAAUAUUUGUGCAACUGUCCUCCAACAGAAACUGUGUUCGCUAUACAACAAUAAAAAUGAGGUAUUGUCAUUAUAAAGCUGGGUGUAUGAUGGUCACUUAUGUCUGACUAGUUCUCACGUAUUUGUGCUCUCACAUUUUACUUCCAAUGAGAAUUUAUUGUGAUAAUAAAUUUUAGUGCACCAUAUUUAUUUUACUGCCAAAUUCAGAUCAUCACUCAGCAGCAGAUGAGUAACAGACAAGUGUAUUAAUUGUUCCAUGAUAACUGGCUAGAGCAAAUUACAAUUCUGUGAAACAUUUUGUUUGGCAGCAUUUACGUGCCACGUGUGAAUGAGUGUGGUUUUUUUAAAUGUAGUGUUAGAAUUUUAUUUUGGAGUUCAAUACCAUAUGUUUUGUCAUAUUGUAACGUUUUAUUACUGUAGACCAUUAAACUGAUUUUUUGAAA